CACACACACUCUUCGGGUCCGGCGGCCCACGUUUCUCCUCCUUUCUCCAUAAAUACUCUCCACUUAACUUAAGCCACCAAAUUACAGAGUCCGUGGAAUCUGGCGAAGAUGAGCGCCUUGGAUUCUCCGCUCGAAGCCUUGACGCCGUUCAGUUCCCUUAAUUUCGAUGUCUUUACACUGCUAUUCAAUAAAAUGUGGGCGUGGACGUGGGCAGCAGUUAUAACGGCUGCCGUCAGCUUCCGGAGGAUCAGAACAGCCGCUGCCGAUGGUGCCACCAAAGCGCCUCCGCCGCCGCCAGAGGAGGAGUCUGUGAACGAUGAUCAGUCACCCCCGCCUUCGGCCACGGCCACUUCUUGGGUUGGUCCCUUGGAGACUACGGUGGCAACCACGACCGGGAAGUUCAUGGUGUACUACGAGGAUUGGGGCCUGGAAGACGCGGCGGAGGACGAUGGCGUUAAGGGCUUUGAGGAGGUGGAUAUUGGUGGCGGAGAUGAGUGGUGCGACGCUGGAGAUUGGAAAUGGACGGUGAGGAUGAGGAUGGAGGAGAUGGGGUGGUACGGUUACCAGGACUUGGCGGUGCUCGACGGCAACGUGGUCAGGUUGUGGGACGGUUGUCGUCGGAAAACUAAGGCCGUCUCGGAUUUUCCCGGCGUAGUUGGGUGGUAGAUGAUGGUAUUGGUAGCUUGGUUUGGUAGCACAAAGUGUGAUAAUAAAUUGAGAGUUGGAGGGGAGGGGAGGGGACAAUAUGAAACCUUUUGAAUUGUAUAUACGUAAUACAUGUUUGGCUUUGUAGUUUGUAGUGUUUGUACAACCAGCGGUCGUUAGCUAAAGCAAACUUGCAAUUUUACCAUCGCUCUCUCUCUCUCU